ACAUUGCACCAGGCGUGUCCCACGUGUUGAGGUCAACACGAGAUCGCGACGACUUGAGCGGAGACGACGCGACGGCGAUGGCCAAGAAGGAGCACUUUAGGUACACGGUGUCCAACUUGAUCAUCUUCCUCUUCCCGCCCUUCCGGGCGACGCGUAGCGGCUUUCUUAACCUGUGCUUUCUCUACCCGCUGCAAUGGUGCGAGUCCUUGCUCAUCCAGCCGACGAGCCGAUUGCGGCGCCACAUGCCACUGCUCGGCGGGAUCUGCGUCAUCUGCUUGACCUUGGGCAGCAUGCUGCUGCGGUCGGCGUGGCAGUGGCUCCAUGAUGUUAUCUCGGGCACGUUUUCGUCCACGGACGCCAAGGUCAACUUUGAAGCGUUCUGGAGUGGCAUCUACCACGACUAUGCAUUUCUCGAAGGCAACGCGAACUGGUCGCUCGUGCAUCGGCUCUUUGGCGACAAGAUUGACGGCGCGACGACCGAGCACGACCUCUGGACGGCGCUCGUCGACAGCAUCGCGCUUCUUGACGACCCGUGCGUCACGAUCUCCAACGUCUCGAUCCCCAACAACAACCGCGUGCGGUCCAUGGACCUCGACGGCUGGGUCCGCGACCAGCUUGACAACUACAAUGUGAUUGCGAACCAGUUUACGUGGGGUGUUGUCCGGCACUCAAGGCCGAUCGGAUACCUCUCGCUCUCGGCACUCGAGGGCUUUGUCGAGCUCCAGCUGCCGUUCGAGCUGCGCUCCUGCGGUACGCGGCGCAAGCCGUGCACCAAGGGUUUGGUGCCCGAGAUGUACGACCUCGAAGCGAUGCGCUGGGCGAUGGAGGCCAUCGUGACGCAUCUCCAUGCGACGCAUCUGCACGGACUCAUUUUGGACUUGCGCCACAGCACGGGCGGCGGCUCGUACAUUGUGUCGCUUGUGCUCGCGUCAUUCUUCAAGCCGCCGUCGUUCGCCUUUAUCAUGGAAGAACGGCUCCAGAAGCGGCAGUUCCACGUACCAACGUCACGACUGCGCUACGAUGGGCCGCUCGCGAUUCUCCAAGGCGCCGACACGGCUCGGACCAGCGAACUCCUCCUCCUCGCCCUCCUGCACCGGCCCAAGACGUGUCGACUCGGCGCCAAGACGGCCGGGCGGCUCUCGGACGUGCGCGAGAUGUCGCUCCCCAACGGGUGGGUCGUCGACGUCCCGUACCAGCGCUGCUACGGCGAGGACGGCAAGCAGUACCAGAAGACGGGCAUUCCGCCGCAGAAAGCACUGCCCGAGCCGCAAUGCUGGGCCGCGGCCCUCGAGUACCUCGACCGCGAGUGGCAGCAUACGCACAACGAAGCAGCGUCGUCGUAACAACACUAUCACUUUAAACGCGAUUCGAUCCCA